GCCGGCGCCCUCGGAGCCCGCUCGGCAGGGCUGGGCAGGGCUGGGGUGGCCCGCGCCCGCCGUGCGCAGACUCGCGGACGCUCGGACAGGCAUGGUCAGGGCGCCGGGAGCGGGGAGCGGGACCUCUCCGGCAUGUGGUCCGGGAGGUGAAUCGGGAGCCCACACCCCGCCAGGAAGAAGGCAGGGGCGGUGGAGGCGCCCUGCCUCUUUAAGACCGUGUUCCUGCUGACACCGACGACGGGCUCCUGGAGAGGGUGGUGAGAAAAGCGAGGCCAAGUGCCCAAGGGAAGAGGGCCCUCACCUGGCUUCGGCGUCCUAGGCACCUGGGAGGCACAGAUCUUCAUGAAUCUGAUGCAGAGGCCUCCAUGGCUGUGAUAAGCCUGCUGUUCUUGGCAGUGAUGUAUAUUGUACACCACCCCCUGAUGGUYAGUGACCGGAUGGACCUGGACACACUUGCCAGGAGUCGGCAGAUGGAAAAGCGAAUGAGCGAGGAGAUGCGGCAGUUAGAGACAGAGUUUGAAGACAGAAAGCGAGCGGCCGAGCAGAAGCAGAGGGCAGAGAGCUUUUGGAGAGGAGAUACGCCCAGUGAUCAGUUAGUGCUGGGGAAGAAAACUGYGGGGUGGCCAUUCCAGGCCAAUGGCCAGGAGGGUCCUUGGGGCUGGCUGCUGGGGAACCUGUGGAAUGCUGGCCUCUUUUGCCUUUUUCUCAUCUUUGAGUUCCUGCGACAGAACAUGCAGCAUGAACCGGCCUUUGAGUCCAGCAGCGAUGAGGAGGAGGAAGUGCGUGUUGUGCCUGUCACUUCUUACAACUGGCUCACCGACUUCCCCUCCCAGGAUACCCUGGAAUCCUUUUACAAACACUAUAUCCAAAAUGCUAUCCGGGACCUGCCAUCCACCUGCGAGUUCGUGGAGAGCUUUGUGGAUGAUCUCAUUGAGGCCUGUCGGGCACUCAGCCGCCGGGAGGCUCACCCACAGUUGGAGGACUGCCUGGGCAUUGGGGCUGCCUUCGAGAAGUGGGGAACCCUCCAUGAAACCCAGAAAUUUGAUAUACUUGUGCCCAUCGUUCCCCCAGAGGGUACCAUGUUUGUCCUGGAGAUGAGGGAUCCGGCGCUUGGCCGUCGCUGUGGCUGUGUAUUGGUGGAGUCUGAAUGUGUGUGCAAGCGUGAGAAGCUCCUGGGGGACGUGCUGUGCCUUGUCCACCACCACAAGGAUCACUCAGUGGCCUUGGGAAAGUGUAGCAGUUCCAUUAAGGCAACUCUCUGCACCGGCAGGCACCUGGAUGUGUGCAAGACUGUGCAGUGGUUCCGGAACAUGGUGGGCAAUGCCUGGGCCCUGGUGGCCCAUAAGUAUGACUUUAAACUCAGUCUGCCAUCGUCUACCACCUCCUGUAAGAUCAGGCUGGAUUACCGCUCAGGCCGCUUUCUGUCAAUCAGCUUGAUCUUGGGGGUGCAGCGGGAAGAUACCUUGGUCUACCUGGUGAGUCAAGCCUCUGAGCAGGAGCAGCUCACCAGUGUGGACUGGCCAGAGUCCUUUGCAGCCUGUGAGCACUUGUUCUUGAAGCUGGUAGGGCGCUUUGCCCCUGAGAACACCUGUCACCUCAAGUGCCUACAGAUUAUUUUGAGUCUCCAGGACCACCAGAGCUUGCCCCCUGGGGCAUCCCACCCCAUCCUAACCCCCUACCACUUCAAAACGGCACUCAUGCACCUGUUGCUGCGGCUGCCCCUGACAGACUGGCAGCAGAGCAUGCUCUCUCAGAGGCUGCAGGACCUCCUCUGGUUCUUGGGCCGUGGCCUCCAGCAGAGGUCCCUCAAUCAUUUCCUCAUUGGUAACAACUUCCUGCCCCUGACCAUCCCCAUCCCGAAAACGUUUCGGAACGCUGAGCCUGUCAAUCUCUUCCAGCACCUGGUGCUGAACCCCAUGGCGCACAAGCAGGCGGUGGAAGAGUUCCACAACCUUCUGACCCAGGUGAAAACGCUGCCCUGUGCCCCAUUGGCUGGGGCACCUUAAUGUAAAGGUUAUUAAAAAAAACCCACAAAAAAUGGAAGAAGGUAUUUCUAAUUCCUCAGGCU